UGGUAGCCAUACAUUUCGGAACAUCAUAAUGAAAAUAAUAAUCAUCCUGUGUUGUUUGGUUUUUGUUCAAUCACAGGUACCAACGCCUUGUGAGUCUCCGAAACAAUGGGAAGGUAACAUUCUAAGGGUUGAUAGGAGUAAGGCUCCACUGCAUUUACUGGAUCAAAGAAUAAAAGUGAGCUACGACGAAGUGAACCAUAGGAUCAGAGAAAUAGAUGAAUUUUCCUUCACGUCAGACAACCCAAUGUAUGAAGUGUUAUAUCUUCAUAAACUUAACAAGAAAUAUAUAGUAAACUUAAAGACAAGACAAUGUAAUGUAACGACUGUUACCAUGCCGUUUAGACCACUUGGUGUACCAACAGGAGCUACUUUCAGGGGAUACACGACCUUAGGAGCUUCUGGUUUGCAAGGACAGUUUCUUAACGUGGCCAGCUGGAAUUUCACUGAAGGACCGAACAGAUACUAUGGAACUGUUUCUACUCCUGACUGUUUCCCGGUUGAAUACAUUUAUUACAGCCCACCAGUUGGUUUCGUAACAUCGACGUACUUCGAUCUGUCACUAGGCAUCAGAGAUGAAAACGUCUUCGUUCCUCCAAGUGAAUGUCCAAAGGAGUAAGAACAAUCGUGGCCGAAUAAUCAAUUUCAAAU